ACCUGGUACCAAGGCUGGCAAAAGGAGACUAAGGCUGGUGUCGUCAAGGGUAAGACUCUUUUGGAAGCCAUUGACGCCAUCGAGCCCCCUGCACGUCCCGUCGAGAAGCCCCUCCGUCUUCCUCUUCAAGAUGUCUACAAGAUCGGUGGUAUUGGCACAGUCCCCGUCGGUCGUGUCGAAACCGGUACUAUCAAGCCCGGUAUGAUUGUCACCUUCGCUCCUUCUGGUGUCACCACUGAGGUUAAGUCCGUCGAAAUGCACCACGAAUCUCUUGAAGCUGGUCUCCCCGGUGACAACGUUGGUUUCAACGUCAAGAACGUUUCCGUCAAGGACAUCCGUCGUGGUAACGUUGCUGGUGACUCUAAGAAUGACCCCCCUAUGGGCUGUGCUAACUUCACCGCUCAAGUCAUCAUUCUUAACCACCCCGGUCAAAUUUCUGCUGGUUACUCUCCUGUUUUGGACUGCCACACUUCUCACAUUGCUUGCCGCUUCAAUGAGCUCAUUGAGAAGAUUGACCGUCGUACCGGUAAGAAGCUUGAAGAAUCUCCCAAGUUCGUCAAGUCCGGUGAUGCUUGCAUCGCUCAAAUGGUUCCUACUAAGCCUAUGUGCGUUGAAGCUUUCACUGACUACGCUCCUCUUGGCCGUUUCGCCGUCCGUGACAUGCGUCAAACCGUCGCUGUCGGUGUCAUCAAGGCCGUCGAAAAGACUGCCCCUGGUCAAGCUAAGGUUACCAAGGCUGCCCAAAAGGCUGGUGGUAAGAAGUAAAUUGUAACUUGAUUGUUAGAUUUACUUUCCUAAACUUGGCAUCUGAAAGCAUGAUAUUUAAAAAGGUACUGGGUAGAAGGUGUUUUCUAGGGAUUACGUACUCAAACCUUUAAGAUUUAGAAUAUAAUUUCACUUGAAUAUCUAUGAUUCAGGUUAAUUGUACUGGUAAUUGAAUUCGGUUUUAAUCAGCUCAAGAGAUUAGUAAUUUGUGUAGAAGAAUGUAGUCUUUGGGUAGUGGGAAUAGUGAACGUUGA